UGGGGACCCAAACAUGAGGCGGGAUGCAGUGAGGGGGCUGCAAAGGGCACCAGAUUCCAGAGGACUCAGGAUGGGAUCCUGUUGCAUUGAGCUCACCCCUCUUGGGAAAGCAAGUUAUUUUUUGAUCCACUCCUGAACGCUGAGCUUUGCAGGGGAUGGACAGGAACACCAGCACCAGGGGCAUGGAGGGCCAGCACAGCAGUUCCAGCCAGGAGGCGGAAAAUAAGCAUGAGGAGAAGGUCCAAGAUCCUGACAGAGGGAAGGACGAGACCAAGGCAGAGAUGGGGAGCAAAACCUGGGCAGACCUGGCUGGGGAGAUGAAGAUAUUCCUGUGGAACCCGGAGGAGAGAACAUGCCUGGGGAGAACAGCCAAGAGCUGGGGCCUGAUCUUACUGUUUUACUUCGUUUUCUACACGUGCCUGGCGGGAAUGUUUGCUUUUUGCAUGUACGUGAUGCUGCUCACGCUGAGCCCCUACACGCCCAGGUUCCGGGACCGCGUGUCUCCGCCAGGAGUGAUGAUCAGGCCGUACUUGAAUGGGUUCACCAUUGCCUUCAAUGUCUCUCAGCCCAACACGUGGCAGCCCUAUGUGGACAGCAUGCACCACUUCCUAGCAGCUUAUGAUGACAAAGUUCAAGAAGAAAAGAACAUCGAGUGUGUCUCGGGACAGUACUUCAUCCAAGGGGGUGAUGACAGUGAGGAGAAGAAGGCCUGCCAGUUCAAGCGCUCACUGCUGCAGAACUGCUCUGGCAUUGAGGACCCAACAUUUGGAUACUCCAAAGGCCAGCCCUGCAUCCUGCUGAAGAUGAACCGGAUCAUAGGCUACCGCCCUGGCGCUGGGGUCCCUGUGAGGGUGGACUGCAAAGUGCAGAAAGGCAAUGAGAGCCAUCUCAGAUCCGUGGACUUCUACCCUGGGAACGGGACGUUUGACCUCAUGUAUUAUCCCUACUACGGCAAGUUCACUCAUGUCAACUACACAUCCCCACUGGUGGCCAUGCACUUUACAGAUGUGGAGAAGAAUCACUUGGUCCCCAUUCAGUGCAGUCUGAAUGGGAAAGGGAUUAUCAAUGACCUUAACAGCGACCGCUUCCUGGGCCGAAUCAUCUUCACACUCAGCAUUGGGAAGUAGCCACUGCCAACACCAGGCACUUAGGUUAAGUCAGUCAGAGGCUUUUUCCUUUUUAAAGCUUCAAGCCAGCAUUUUUUCAGCUAGGAAAAACAGGCACAUGGAGAUUAUUGUUAUUUAUUUUUGUUCAUAGUUAGGAAACAAAGGAAAUGCAAUGGAGCAUGGAUCCACAUUUUUCAUCCCCUGAUGUAAAUCAUUAUUAGUAAAAAUUAAGUUAUCUCCUGGGCAGAGAACCUGCAAAAGCAUUUCAGUUUUGAUUAAAAAUCCUCUGGUAUCUGAAUGCUAUUUUCAUAAGGUCUUUUACGAUUGACCCCUGUGGAAUGCAUUUUUCCUGGCUUUAAAUUUUAAAUUUUACCAUAGUUUUUAUGUGCAUUUCUCAGGCAAAAGCUAACAAGAGGGUAGUUUAUUAGCACUAUUAUUGUUAAAAUAAUAAACAGCAAAAAUUCUGGAUUAUGCCUGCAAUAACUGAGUUAAAAAGUGAAAAUGGCAGUUCUCAAAAUGCCUUCUAGGACCUUCAGCACCAGAAGCAUCUUGACUGCAGCAUUUUACACAGCUUGUUCAGCACACCCAGGGUGUUGAGCAAGGGCCACAUAGAAAAUCAUUUGCCCUUGAACCUUUCCAGCUGUUCCUUUCUGAUGUGGGAAGAUUAAUGCAUUUGUCCCUCCCUCCUCCUCACUCCAGUACUUCUCUCUGCCCCAGGAAUCCUCAUCAAGUCUCUUAGGCAGGGCCAAGCAAAAGGAGCCCUCUUGUCAUGGUUCACAGGUUGGCAGUGCCUCAUUGCUUCCCCUGAUCAGGCACAGAAGUGCCCAGAGCUUUCAGACUGGUUCUUCCCUGGUCCAGAGAGGUCACAGCUCUAACGCUGCAGCAGCCACAGGGAAACACUCGGUGGUUUAAUUGUUAAAGGGUCAAUGUGGAUAUGGAUGAAACCCCCAGCUCAUCAUCCCCAAAGGCUGAUGGAGCACAUCUGUCCCUGUCCCUGAGCAACCUCUACUGCACGGGCCACCCGACCCUCCCAGCCCUUGUGUCUGAGACAUGAACUGCACUCUGCAUGUUGGGAGCUACGAGAACACAGCAGGACAGGACACCUUGGGAUAAUGUACUAGUUGGAAAGCACACUUACUAAAAUUAUUGACUGAACAGGAGCAUUAUGGUAUGUUUGUCCUACAUCCUAGUCCAGGUACUUAAUCUGCCGUCAUUUCCUGAUCUAUAUAAGUCUCUAAGAAGUAAUUUUUUGUAUUAAAAAUAAAGUGACUACAGUAAAAUUAA